AUGAGCGGUCGUAGAGGUGGUAGCUGUCGGGAUGACGAAAUACCGACAUUAUAUGUACGACAGGUACAUUACUCCGCUCGGCCUGAUGAUUUACGUGCUUUGUUCGAACGAAUGGGACCUGUUCGUGAUGUCUAUAUUCCGUUGGAUUAUUAUACACGUGAAUCACGAGGUUUUGCAUACGUAAAAUUUGAAUUCACACGGGAUGCAGAAGAUGCUUUGAGAGAGUUGAAUGGUGCAAGCAUUCUGGGAAGACGUAUCGAGGUUGAAUGGGCCGAAGGACAACGAAAAACAAAAACAGAAAUGCGUGCAAGAGAUUCCUAUAGUUCAUAUCGUGUUCGAAGCCGUUACCGCAGUCGCUCACCUUACAAGUCUGAACGUGAGCGUUCACCUCGACGACGAUCACGUUCAAGGCGUCGUUCACAUUCAAGGUCAAAACGACGAUUACACAAUUCACGACAUUAUUCGAAGUCACGACAUCAUCACGGCAGUACAAGAUCAAGAAACAGUAGGAGCACGAGUGUUCGAAAAAAGCGAGAUAGGAGUCAGAAAAUAGAGAAAUCGAGAUCGCCGCCUGUUUCUGGAUUAUUACUACAUUCAUUAGAUGAAAUUAAGAAUCUAAAUGAUGAGAAGCAAGAUAUUGUUGUGGAUGAACACAAUAUUUCAAAUCGACAAUCUGCCGAAGAUCUUAAAGAACCAAUCGAUGAACUGGAGAUAAGAAGUGAGGCUCGAAUCAGUGAUAUUGAAGUCGAUGAAAAGCAAAUUCAAGAAGCUGUUCAGACAAAUGGAAGCAUUAACAAUAUUGAGGAUCAUAUCGGAGUAGAAGUUGAUGGAAGUAAUGCUUCAGCAACGGAAGAGAAGGAUAAAGUAGUCACGGAUAUUGAAGUAAUUGAUGAGAUUGUUGAAAAAAAUGGCAUUUUUUUCAAUGAUACGGUAGAUGGUUGUCUCGAUGAUAAUAUUAAUGUCCAGGAAUUACUAAUAACUGAUACCACCAAUUAA